GGCCACCGCUGGGAGGCGGAGCGGGCGCAGCGGUGUGAGGUGUUUGUCUCCUGGUCUGUGGCGGUGGCGGCUGCGCAGCUCCCUGGGGUGAGCGAGCCGGGGCUGUCUCCGGUGUCUCCGGGCCGCGCGUGAGGGGCUUAGAGCUGCUGGACGCGUCAGUGCCGAGGGAGGAGGGAGCGGCGGGAGCAGCGGCAGGAGUAGGAAGAUUUCUUUGCUGGCUAUUUCCUCAACCUUGGUCUUCUGAUACAAUAUCCUUUGAAAUUAUAAUGGGUUUUAAAUGGGAGCAUGAAGAAAACUGGCCUUGUAACAGAAUUUGUAUGUGAGAAGUGGUACAGAUUACUAUAAAUAACCAUGACAACUUCUCAUAUGAAUGGACAUGUUACAGAAGAUUCUGACAAUGAAACAAAAAAUGUGGAGCUUGCAUCUCCUGAGGAACCUCAGAAGCACAGAGAGAUGGCUGUUGAUUGCCCUGGGGAUUUGGGCUCCAGGAUGAUGCCAGUACGACGAAGUGCUCAACUUGAGCGGAUUCGCCAGCAACAGGAGGACAUGAGGCGCAGGCGAGAAGAAGAAGGAAAGAAACAAGAAUUAGACCUUACUGCUUCAAUGAGGCUUAAGAAACUAGCGCAGAUUCCUCCCAAAACUGGAAUAGAUAAUCCUAUGUUUGACACAGAAGAAGGAGUCAUUCUGGAGAGUCCUCAUUACGCUGUAAAAAUACUAGAAGUGGAAGAGCUGUUAGCUUCUCUUAAGCAUAUCCAACACACUUUGGUAGACCCCCAGAGCCAAGAGGAUCUCUCUCUCAUUUUACAACUUGUCCAAAAUACUGAUUUUCAGAAUGCAUUUAAGAUACAUAAUGCUGUCACAGUGCACAUGAACAAGGCCAGCCCUCCGUAUCCUCUUAUCUCCAAUGCACAAGAGCUAGCACAAGAGGUACAGUGUGUUUUGAAACCCAGUCACCAGAAAGAUGGGCAGGAGCUUAGUGCUUUGCUGAAUGCCCCUCACAUUCAGGCACUUUUAUUAGCUCAUGAUAAGGUUGCAGAGCAAGAAAUGCAGCCAGAGCCAGUGACAAAUGAAAAGGUUUAUGAGAACUUUGGCCUGUAUGGAGGGGAGACAGUGAAAAUAGUUCGCAUUGAGAAGGCACGAGAUAUUCCAUUGGGUGCUACAGUGCGCAAUGAAAUGGAUUCCGUCAUCAUUAGUCGAAUAGUGAAAGGGGGAGCUGCAGAGAAGAGUGGGUUAUUACAUGAAGGGGAUGAAGUUCUGGAAAUAAAUGGCAUUGAGAUUCGUGGAAAAGAUGUUAAUGAAGUUUUUGACUUGCUGGCUGACAUGCAUGGCACUCUGACAUUUGUGCUGAUACCCAGUCAACAGAGCAAGCCGCCUCCUGCCAAGGAGACAGUUAUGCACGUGAAAGCACAUUUUGACUAUGAUCCUUCUGAUGAUCCUUAUGUACCUUGCCGAGAGUUAGGUCUGUCUUUUCAAAAGGGAGAUAUACUCCAUGUGAUCAGCCAAGAAGAUCCAAACUGGUGGCAGGCCUACCGAGAUGGAGAUGAAGACAAUCAGCCUUUGGCAGGCCUUAUCCCAGGAAAGAGCUUUCAACAGCAAAGAGAAGCAAUGAAGCAAACCAUAGAAGAAGACAAGGAGCCAGAGAAAUCAGGAAAACUCUGGUGUGCAAAGAAAAAUAAAAAGAAACGGAAAAAAGUUUUGUACAAUGCCAAUAAAAAUGACGAUUAUGACAAUGAAGAAAUUUUAACCUAUGAGGAAAUGUCACUGUAUCACCAGCCAGCAAAUAGGAAAAGGCCCAUUGUCCUGAUUGGCCCACAGAACUGCGGCCAGAAUGAACUACGUCAGAGACUAAUGAAUAAUGAAGUAGAUCGCUUUGCAGCUGCAGUUCCUCAUACCACUCGGAGUAGGCGAGAGAAUGAAGUAGCUGGCAGAGAUUACCAUUUCAUCUCACGGCAGGCAUUUGAGACUGACAUAGCUGCAGGGAAAUUUAUUGAGCAUGGCGAGUUUGAGAAGAAUCUGUAUGGUACCAGCAUAGACUCUGUGCGGCAAGUCAUCAACUCUGGCAAGAUAUGCCUUUUAAAUCUCCAUACACAGUCAUUGAAGACCCUACGCAAUUCAGACUUGAAACCAUAUAUUAUCUUCAUUGCACCACCUUCGCAAGAGCGGCUACGUGCUUUAUUGGCCAAAGAGGGUAAAAAUCCAAAGCCAGAAGAACUAAGAGAAAUCAUAGAGAAGACCAGAGAGAUGGAACAGAACAAUGGCCACUACUUUGACACUGCGAUUGUGAAUUCUGAUCUUGAUAAGGCAUAUCAGGAGCUACUUCGUUUAAUAAACAAACUUGACACGGAACCUCAGUGGGUGCCAUCCACCUGGUUACGGUGAAAAAGAACAGUUUAAAGGGACAAGCAGAUUUCUAUCCAGCAGUCUGUCAAAGGGAGAUUGCACACGAAUCAAUACAACUUAAAUAUUAGGUGGCAGAGUGAACUCUAGACCUCUGUAGGUGCACCCCUUGAUAGUUGAUGUAUUAGUGAAAAAAAUCCAGUAGGCAGUUCAUGAACAGAAUGAUAUACUGAUUAAAGAUUGGGUUUUCUUCUCUUUGGACUAGAAAUGGAAGCUCUGAACAAGCCAGUACACUUUUUAACAAUUUAACUAGCCUUUCUAGCAGCUGCUUCACCUUUUCUAUCUACAAUCACCUUUCUUUAAAAACUAAAGAUUUUAAAUGUAUGUAUAUAUACAGUCCAUGUCGCAUAGUUAUAAAUAUUAUUAUUAUUUAACACUGUUAACUUAAUGACUUGUGGGACAUGAUAGUAGUUUGUGAAUAUACCUUUUACAAAAACACUGGGCAGAGAAAUAAUCUACAUGAGACACUAAAGUUUAUGAGAAAUUCUCCCCUUUUAAAAAUACACAGAAUAAGGUGCCGCUUUGGUCUGAAGCUGCCUGGUUAGGCUUGAAUUUAUUUUUUUAAUUAUUUACAUUCCACUUUCUGAGAGCACUGUAAUUUGGAAAAUGUGUAUAAUGUAAAUAUUUCAACCCUUUGUGUCUUUUUAGUCAGACUUUGUAAAUCAGAUUUAACUGCACAUUAACCGUAGGUCCAAUGAAAAAGGAAUAUUUACUGAUCUUUCAGAUGUGAUAUUUUUAUGGAAUUUUGUUUUUCUUUAAAGCUUAUCAGUUGAUUUGGGAGCCAUUGCUCCCCACAGAUUUGUAGAGAUGUUUAGAAGGCAGAGGUUAUAUUUUUAUUAAAAAAAAAGACAUUCUUAUAAAACAUGCAGAUUAAAAAAAAAUUCUUCCUGAUAAUGUAAACAGUUCUUAUGUUUAUAACAUAAAGAAUACUGUCUGAAUGGGCAGUUGUGAUUAGUGUCUUUUUAUUUUUGGCCCUGGUAUGUCUUGUGGCUAAUGGUCCUCUAGGUAACUAACUGGAAUUAAAACUGCUGAAUGUAGCUACUGUAAGUAAACCAAUAACCUUAGGGAAAGAACUUGAGAAAUGGAAACAUAUGUAUUGCCAGGUAUAUAUCCUAGCAUGUUCUGCCAUCCAAGUUCAGCAUGUCCCUACAGACUAGCCUGAGUUGUGCAGCUGUCAAAUCUGCAGCAGAGCUAUUCCAAGCAUUGAAAUGAAAUAAUGUUACCUUUAGCUUUUAUUUGUUCAUGCUUCCCCCCCAAAACAAUCUUGAAUGUGAAUGUUGAUUCUCUUCUUGUUUAGCCAGAGUGUUUCCUUGUUCCCACAGUUAAACACUGGAGUUAUGUCAAUGUGUAGCUGAAUUCAAUGCAACAGUGAGAAAUGAAGUUAGUUUUUCAGUCUUGUGUAUAUAAUUUCUUCAAAGAACAAAUCCAGGCAAAACUCUUUUGCCUUCUGUGUGGCCAUAGCUGAAUGAAGAGCUCUAAGCUACAUAGAGAAUGAGUAUAGUGUGAAACGGUUGUUUUAAAUCACUUUUAGUAAACUAACAUUCCUGUAUUGCAGGGUGAAAUAUAGUACAAUCUCUGUCUGCAGUUAACCUAGAAGACCCCCAGCAAGUUGGUUGCCUAUGGAAAGAUGUUAUAUGCUGUUCAGUUGGGUUUUAGAACCGUGGUACAUAGUAUGUUGGUGAACAUGCUAUGAGUGAGAGAAGAAUCAUAAGGUCCAUUCACUGACAUACCUCCAGCGAGGCAGGUGUUGGAAGACUUAAAUGACACUGAAAUGAACUGCACAUCAUGUUUAGGCCAACAGCUAGAAUGUUACUAAAUUAGCUUCUGGGUAAAGUAUUCAAAGUAGUGGCUCCCUGCCUCACAUUGCACAUGCAUUUAACUCUUGAGUUUUGUAGCUGUCUCACAGCAGACUAAGGUGCUGGGAGGCUACAGCAUUAUCCAUCAAUUCUGCCCUUCCAAGUUCAGCAACUUUUUUUUUUUUACACAAAACCUAAGAGAUGUAAUCUACAGUCAGUUGAGAAAGUGAAAAGUUGUUAAAGUGCAAUCUUUAGAGAGGCAUCUUUAAAGGUGUCACAGGUGAAUUAUCAAAAUUUCACUCUAUUAUUGAACCCUCACACAUUCAAUGUUACAUUCUGUUGUCAUUAAAUAAUGCUGUGAAUGCUGGUAAAUCUCACCCCCUUUUCUCUCCUACCCUACCCCUGAAUUUCCUCAGAUGGCUGAAGCCUUUGGAAUGCAGUAGGUUUAUAGUAGGUUGUGAGAUGUUUAACUGUACCCUCUCUGUUUUUGAAAUAUGAGGGGGGUGUUGUGGUAUUUCAGAGAGAUCCAUUUAUGGAAGUGAAAUGAUCAAGACCAUAGGAGUCAGUGUUGGCUUUGUAUGCAAUUAUGUGGGCAUGCUGGAGCAGCACUGAGGAACAGACCAGGCUUGCUGAGCUCUGUAUCUGGCACCAGUUUUAGAGUCUGACCCUGAAUUGCCUGAACAUGGAGUAAGCAGGAAAUCAUUUUCUACCAUUUUGUCAUGACGGAAGAGUGUCUCUUCAGUCCCCUCUGGGGGUAAAAGGAUGAAACAGACUGGAUUAUUGGAAGAAAACACUAGGCAUUGUCACCUAAUAGCCAGCUGAAAGGGGAAGGUAUCUUCAUUUUUAUCAAUCCAGAUUUAUUGGAAAAAUGGUUUCAUCAUCUGAAUUAACAAAUAUUAACAAGGAUUAUGAAUAGUUGUAUAAUAUGAUGUGGCCUUGACAACUAAGAACUUUACUGUGACCUGUGGUUAGCCCCAACUUGUAUGUCUGUAUCAUGUAUCUGCACUCUGUAUUUGGAGACCUCAUGAACUGCACACUGUAAAAAAUGUAAGAUAUUUAGACAAAAUAAAUCACUACAAUUUUUAUCUGA